UUUUUUUUUUUCAUUUUAUUAUUAUUAUUAUUUUAAACUAUCGAAUUCUAUGAGUCAUUUAACUUUACCUUUCACAGUUCAAGAUGAUCUUGAAGCAAAAGAAAAAAAAGAUGCGAUACAACAACAAAAAAGAAAUAAAAAAUGUAGACAAUGCAAUUCACGACGUGUUCGCAUCUGGACAUUGAUGAUUACUGCUUUUCUUAUAACAUUAUUCAUAGUCAACAAAUACGGUGAUACUCUUUAUUAUCGUUUUUUUGAUGAAAAUGAUUUAAUAAUAGAAGAAAACAUGAUUAUGCCAGAGGAGAAGAAUAAAGAAUUAACUUUAAAGGAAGAAAUAUUAAAGCGAAUUCAUACUAAUCCUAUAGUUAUGUUUUCUAAAACUUAUUGCCCAUACUCUAAAAAAGCCAAGAGAAUUUUAAAUGAAUAUAACUUAAAAAAACAAGCUUUAGAUAUAGUUGAAGUUAAUUUAAGAGAUGAUGAUUUCCAAGUAAAAAUGGUAUUAAAAGAGAUAUCGGGUAUAGAUACAUUUCCUAAUAUCUUCUUGAAUGGAGAUAGUUUAGGUGGCUCUGACGACCUUGAAAUAUUGCAUGAAAGUGGGCAACUUAAAGAAUUGUUAGAUAAGAACCAAUUACUAUCAAACUUGAAUGAUUAUUAAUAGUCUUGUGAACCCCUUUUUUUUAAUUAUUUAAACUCAGAAUAAUAAUAAUAAAAUAAGAUUUAUGCUAAAUAGUAGGUCUAUUAUUCCAUCAUUUAUAAAUACGAAC